GUAUUUUCUCUCUCUGCAGCAGGCAAGCAGACCCCCCUUUGUUAUCCCAGCAGUGUGACUUCAGCUCGAGCCAUGAUGCUCUUCAACCUUGGCAGCGCGUACUGCUUACGAAGUGAAUAUGACAAAGCCCGCAAGUGCCUUCAACAGGCUGCAUCGAUGGUGAACACUAAGGAGAUUCCACCUGAAGCCAUCUUGUUGGGAGUCUACUUGGAGCUACAGAAUGGGAAUACUCAGCUGGCCUUGCAGAUCAUCAAACGCAACCAGCUGCUGCCCCCGGCAGUCCAGAGGGUGUCGCCAGAUUCCCGCAAGAAACCCAUGCAGCCAAUCCAGCUUCCUUCAUCGUUCACACAAGUCCAGCGCAAAUGAGCCUCCAUAAUCACCAUGAUCCCAUUCGACCACUGACACACUCACUCUGAGGAGUCUUGCUAUUUAUUAUGCUUCCGACUUCAGCAUCAAGAGCCGUAAGAAAUGCAAAUCUGAAUGCUCCCGGAUGUGAGAAGUGAUCAUAGACUGAGGCUCACUGAGGUCAUCCUCAUUUUUAAUUCAUUUUGCCUCUUGGCCUGAAUCAAAAAAAUAAAAUUUUAUUUACUAUACCA